CAAAAACUGGUUUCGAUGAAAGAGGCUAUUAUAUUUGGGCAAGAGUAAAUAUAGCUAUAGGUCUGUCUUCUUUACCUGUAUUAAGAAACUUGGUCUUCAAACCAGACAAAACAAUUACUAUAACUAUCCUUGGUAUGUUAGAAGAACUGAACAAAACAAUUACUACAACUAUUCUUGGUACAUUGGGAGUACCAGACAAAAUAAUUACUACAACUAUUCUUGAUAUAUUGGAAGAACCAGACAAAACAAUUACUACAACUAUUCUCA